ACAAUCCAAAAUCAAAUUGUAGAAAAUCAUGGCGCCAAAAUCUCUUCAUAUCCUCUUCGCCUCUCUCUCGCUUCUAGCAAUUGCGCUUCCCAUCUCCGCCCACCCGCUAGUCGGCGGCUGGAGCCCGAUCGCCGAUCCGAACUCGCCGGAGAUUGUCGAGAUCGCGAAAUUCGCGGUGGCGGCGCACAACAAACAGGCGCAGGCGUCCUUGGCUUUCGUGUCUGUGGUGAAUGGAGAGUCGCAGGUGGUGUCUGGUAUCAAUUACCGCCUCCUGAUCUCGGUCAGCGACGGCAGCGGCGCCGCCCCCAAAAUUUACUCCGCCGCUGUUUAUGCAAAGGUUGCGCCGAUUUCACUAGAGCUCACUUCAUUCGAGCAAAUUGAAGGUUAAUCGACGAUUUUGCAUAUUUUAUAGGG